ACCUAUUAUUGUAGGUAUAUUAUUCAUAUUCAAUUAAAUAUAUGGCAAAAACUAUUAUUAUGCUGAAACUUUACCGUCGCGGUCUCGACAUUAGGGGAUAAGCACGUCUGACGUCGGUUUGACAAUAAGAUACAUUUCCUGCCAAUAGAUGGGUAUUUGGCGCUGUCGCAUACCUUUUCUUAUACGAUAUUAGAAUGCCUAUUAGUGAACAACACAUUAAUGAUCGAUAUUAGUACCCUUUGCCGGAUGUAUCUUCAUACAAUGUAAUUUUAAUUAAAUACCAAUAUUCACACUGCCUACCCACAAAAAUCUUUUCUCCACCUACUUAAAUUUAUCUUUAUAUAUUCUGAAAGAGACAACAGUCUUAUAGUACGUCGUCAGUCUUAAACCAUCGCGCACUUAUUUUUCGUUCCGAUACGUCUUUACAUUUUAUUAGUGAAUUUUUAUUUUAUACUUUUCAUAAUGUAUAAAUGUGUAAAAUGUGUAUCUGCGUUUACGCGUAAGGACAAUUUGAUGAGGCACGAGAAAACGCACGAAGGCGUUCGUUUACCGUGCACUAUUUGUACAUCGACGUUCAAGUACAAGACUCAUCUGAAGAGACAUAUGAAAACCGUCCAUGCUGUUGCACACGUACGACCACAAUCAGAUCAGCCAGCGGCCCCCUCAAAUCAGGCUCGAAAUGUAAAUAAUGUUACGUCUAAAUCACCAUAUGACAAUAGCGAACGAACAUUUAGUAAACCCAUAUACGCCGCUUGA